CCGAAAGCAGGCGGUGCGCGGGCCUGAGCGGACCGCCAGUAUAAAAGCGGAGUUUGGAACUGUCGUCGCCUUUUGCCCUCUUCCACCACCUUCCUCUGGGUUCUUGAUCCUUCCACCACGCACCAGAACCAGUAUUUAUAUGUAUCCAAAAAUCCUGCAUAGAAACAUGGGCUCACAAAAGAUCCAGGUCAUGCAUGACUCGCGUCUUGUGGACGACGACGGCAGUUUACUUGAACCCAUUGAUCUUCAGCUAACGGUCUUUGAGACCUUAUUGCAAGAUGACACCCCAGUAUCAGGUGUCUCGUCAUUACCCAUGGCUACACCAAAAGCGGAGAAGUUAGAGGUCGAUUCUGUUGGGAUCGUGGAGGUGGGAGAUCCUUCCAACGACGACCAGCAUACGCCCUGCCCUCCCGGACCACUCCUCCAGGACUAUGACUCUUUCAGUAAAGGGAGCGUUGAGGGUGACUUUGCCUUCUUACCACCUUAUUACGAACACGAUGACUCGCCUGUAUAUUCCGGGCCCGAGCUUGAAGAAGACUUGGGUCAGACGGUGCCCGAUUUUAAUUCAUCAUUGGCAUCCCUUCCUCUCACGGAGGCCGGGGAAUGGAUCCCGUCGUGGCUUCAGGGCGUGUCACAAGCACAGGGGGCUGACUCCCCCCUCAUUACCUCCCGACUCGUCGUCGAGCAGGACAUUGCUGAAGAGACCGGGAAGCGCUACAAGCGCAAGCACUCUGUUGCACUAUCCGACGACGUAUCUCAGCGUCGCGUGCCUCUGGGUCCGCUGAGCUUACCUUCCAUCUCUGAGAGGAAAAUACCCAAGCAUAUGCCUCCUGACUGAUGGUGGUGGCUCGCACCACCCAUUGACACUCAUUGGCCUAAAUGCCGACAUCCAGCUUACAUUGCUGACCGUAUUCCUCGUAUACAACCAUUAUGCUCACGACGGGAACAACACACCCGUCUUACCUUAUGCCUUCGGCGAGACAAGGACAGCGUCUUUGAUCCGCAUUUUUCCUACCACUCCACGAAUGCACUACUCCGCUUUUUCCCAUGUUUCCCAACAGCGGCUGUACCGAUAGCCAUCGUUACAGGCUAGAGUUGAAAGACAUAUUUAUACGACUUGGAGCAAAGUCCUUAGGAAAUCAUCCAGUACAGUGACUUCGUUUUUCGUUUUUCGUUCUUCAUUUCUUUUAUCGACCCCAUUCCUAGAGUAUCCAAUACUACGCCUAGUAUAGAUACCUCACCUAAGAGUAGUCGUAGAGAUACCUUGCGCGUACCCAAUAGAUCCUAUUUUUGAUAAUUGAUUUUACUGUAGCUUGCGUGGAUAGGCACG